UUAGUAAAUGUGUAUAUUAUAUAUAUAUAUAUAUAAUUUUUUUUUUAACCCGAGACAAUCCAUAAGGGGCUCACGUACCUAUUUUGCCUUUAACGUGCUCUGCUUUUUAACUCGAUAUUAAUUUAAUACCCGUCGCAAAUUAUAAUAUUUUAUGGACUACAAGGCCUAUACCACAGAUGCUAGCAAGCAAAUAACGCCGGACGACGAUGACCCGUUACAAAAUGCAACUGACAAGACAAUGACUGCUGCGGAGACACUUACAGCAGACGGUCGACGACAAUCGGCUGUGGUGGUUUUAGGUGCUGACUGCGAUGACGGCGACCGCGGCGAGGACGACCGAGGCGGUAUUGUUUUUGCUAACGCCGACAGCUCGUUGACCGGAUACAUGACCACCGACAACGAUGGAGAGUCCGCGGGGUCCUCUUCCUGUAGCGGAUGUCCCAGUCCGUCGAUGCCCAAAAAGCACGGCAAAGGCAUUCUGGUGCACAAAAACAAGAAGCCUCCUUCGGCCGGCAACCGGGUGAGCUUCGCUUGUUCGAGACCGACCACGGCGUCGUCGUCGUCGUCGUUGUCCACGUCGUCCGGCAGAAGGAUCCGACCGUCGACGGCGACACCAGAACCAAACGUCAGUCCUCCCCCCAGAAGGGUCAGCUGUUUCGGAGUCAAGAGCCACCUGCACGAGUUCUACGAUAGCCCAGACCACGCGCUACAGGAUGACGAUUUCCGGUACCUGGUGGAACCGAGGUCGCGAUGCUCGCAACACUGCUGCAGCGUGUCCGCUCUGUUCGGGCUGGCCGUCAUGUCCGUGGGCGCUGUCACGUUGGCCGCGGGCCACCUGAUACCGGCCAAGGACCCGAUAGUGGGCCGGUCGGCCAACUUGGAGGUGGUGGACCGUUGGGCCGUCACUUACAAUCAAAACCUGGUGGCCUGUCGGUAUGCCGGCGCCGUGGUGUUCGGCAUCGGUGUCGUGUUCACCGUCAUCCGGCUGUGGGUGUCGCUGAUCAGGAGCAGCAACCAAGAGCAUUGGAUAGCCGAACAAAAACUGGGAGUCAAAAACGACGGCGUGGCCAAGCAAAACAAGCAGCAGCAGCAACCGCAAACUGUUCGCAUACCGAUAACCGGGUUGGUGCAGGGUGUGCAGCCCAAGGCCAACGUUGCUGCUUUUGGCGAUGGCAGAUGAGAAUAAUGGCCGAAUGCGCACCGUUUAUGAGCGCGUCGCAACAGAGUGACUCGACUCUGUCCGACCGCGCGUUUUCCGAGCUUCAAACGAGAUUGUGUUAUAUUAUAUUGUUGUAAAUAUACCUAACCGCAUUAUUGCCACAGAUUGGAUAAAACCAGACGGGGCACUUCGUCAUUUGCCGGUAACUGAAAUCUCCAAAAAGACACCAGCGGCUACUCCGAGCUGUGAGAGGUUGAGAGAGGUUGUUUACAUGUUCAAGCAAUUACAUCGUUUGGAAGUGCACCAUCUGGUUUUGUCUAAUCUGCGCUAUAAUACUGUUGACUAAAUCGCAUGUUAAUUUAUAGGAAAAAAAUGUAUUGCCGUCCAGUCUAAAUGAGUUUGAGCUAAUUAAAAUAUGUAUGUAAUAAAAUCUACAACGGUUUACGAAGGACGAACUAUGAUCAGGGGUGCAGAGUUUGAAUUACUUAAAUCAAAUACAAAAUGAAUUACAUUUAUUUUGUGUAACUCCUAAUUAGGUAUUAUCAAAGACAUAAAAUGGAAAUAUAAAAUUGACGAAAAAUACAUAAACCAUCCGAAAUCUAUUACAGAGACAUUUCUGGUUUUUAAUGCGAAGGGGAGGGGAGAAAGCUGAUAUUUAUAAUAUUAUAAAUUUUACACUGUAAACACAAUUUUAGAACCGAAAUAAUAAAUGCACACGUUUUUGCAGGUUUAAUAAUGGUUUAAAUACUACUUUAAAAACCAGAGUUUUCGCAUUUCAUUUAACUUUAAAGAUACGAAAAAGUUUAUUUUCCCCAUUUAUUAUUAAUUCAACCGUAAAGCUUACAAUGGAUGUAGUUAGAAAAUAGAAAACGCAUUAUUUACUGUGUGCAAGAGACACUCAGUAAUUUACUCCAUACCAAAGAACCUAUUAGUUGAGCUAACAAAUACUUAUCGACUGCCUAAGUUCUAUCCAUUAUAAACCGUUUAAGUGUAAAGUAAUAAACUAAGUUCGAAGCUAAUGUAAAGCUAUAAAAGUAUGUUAAGAACUUAAAUGUAGCAUACAAAAAAAUGUUUAUAGUUUUUGUUUAUUAUUGUAAUUUAUAGCCAGUGUUUUUGUUUAUAACGUUUCAUAAUCAAAGUAAAACAAAAAUAUUGUAAAACAGACAUUAUAUAUAUAUUUAGUAAUCAAAGCUACUCAUUUUUUUUUAUAUUAAUUAAAAAAUUAACAUAAUUGUAACGUACAAACAUUGAUGUAACAGCCUUUUGUGUCAUUUAAAUGAAAAUGUUUCGAUCUUUUUAUUUAAUGAUAUUUUAAUUUUAGGCACAAUAAAAAAAUAACUCAUGUAAAACGAAAAAAAGAUUGACAGACAUAUUUUUGUUAAACAAUGUUAUUUCUAAAUAUUCAAUAUUGUAAUUGUUAUUAUCUAAUCUAACCACGUACGAGAUAAAUAUAUAUUAUAUUUAUAAUAUUACAGUGUAUAAUAAUAAUUAAAUGUGUGUAAAUAUAAUAUAUUUUAAAUGCACUAAAAUAUAGAAUGUUGUUAAAAUGUGAUUGGGAAUGAAAACAAAAAUAUUUUUUAGUUGUUAAAAUAUUAUCUGGCUGUGGUUAUAAUUUAAAACGUAUAAAAAAUUUUAAGUUUAUUUUAAAACUUUAUUUUUGACGUAACAAAAUGUAUAAUAUAUCCUCAAAAAUAAAAUUGAAAAAUAUUUUUUUAUCUUUUAUAUUUACAUUCUAUAAAUGUUAUAUUUUAUUGCAUUUGUGUGGCUGAUACACAUUUCGUUUUUUAUAUUCAUGUGGGUUUUGUUAUGAUAUCGGGAUAAAAAAUAUAUAUAGUAUAAAAAAUAAUUUCGACGGUACUCGUCAUCAGUAUUGUUAUACUCAUGAAAAUAAAACCUCGUUAUACUAUUAUUUUAACGUGCAUCGAAGUAAUAAUUAAAACUAAUCAAUAUAGUAUCCUACGCAUAAUUCUAAUUAUAUAAUUGUAACGUACAAACAUUUGAUGUAACAGCCUUUUGUGUCAUUUAAAUGAAAAUGU